CAAAAAAUACCAGACCCCGGCAAUCGACUCUUUUUUGGUAGCCUCGGGGUCUCAGUGUGGUAAAGCUGUAAUCCUAUCAAACAACAAGUCGAAGUUUAUUAUAUGCUGCUCAAUACCAGCCACAGGAACACCAGGACACAGAGGGCCGCUCCAGAUACAUAGCACGAGAGAGAGAAAAAGGGAAACUUUUUGCCCUGGUUGGGACAUCGGGUCAGGUUCUGUUGUGAAUGAAGGCACAGAUCUGUUAAGUCACUUGUGGAUACUUUUGAGUUCUCCUCUAUCUGGUGACAUCUCGACUCACCUGACUACAGAAUAAAGACGUCUCAAAAUCCAUCUGAAGUAUUGCGUUCACUCGAAAACAUUCAACUCAGUAGCCCUGCUGUCGACAGCUGGACAGCAGUUACUGGGCCGUGGUGGAUUAUUAUCUGACUGGGGUUUGACGGUUGUUCCUGUGAUGGGGAAGACUGGCCAGAGCACGGUGGACCUCAACUCACCCUCAGAUGUGAAGCAGGCAGUGGCGUUUGAGGACCUGGAUCACAACAGUGUUCCCGUAGAAGAGGAAAAGGAGAAUAAAAUACCAGAUAGAGGAUCUUGGAAGGGAAAAUUUGACUUUCUACUGUCCUGCGUUGGAUACGCCAUUGGGCUGGGAAACGUGUGGAGGUUCCCAUAUCUGUGUGGAAAGAAUGGUGGAGGAGCUUUUCUCAUCCCGUACUUCACUACUCUGGUCUUUGCCGGUAUCCCGCUGUUUCUUCUGGAGACGUCAUUAGGACAGUACACUUCAGUGGGGGGGCUGGGAGUAUGGAAAUUAAUACCCAUGAUGAAAGGUGUGGGUCUAGCUGCUGUGGUUUUGUCCUUUUGGCUUAACAUCUAUUACAUCAUCAUCAUCGCCUGGGCUCUCUAUUACCUCUUCAGCUCUUUUAAAGCAGAGUUACCAUGGCAAACAUGUGAUAACCCUUGGAACACUGAACGCUGCUUUUCCAACUACAGUCUGAUGGACACCACCAACCUGACCAGUGCUGUCACUGAAUUCUGGGAGAGGAACAUGCAUCAGUUAACAAACGGUUUGGAGGAACCAGGGGAAUUGCGUUGGCCGCUGGUCGGAACAUUAGCGCUGUCUUGGAUUCUCGUCUAUUUCUCAAUCUGGAAAGGAGUGGAGUGGACAGGAAAGGUGGUGUAUUUCUCGGCCACGUAUCCGUACUUCAUGCUCUUUAUUCUGUUUUUCCGUGGAGUCACCCUCCCUGGAGCGAUAGACGGCGUCCUCUUCUAUGUCACCCCAGACUUCAAUAAGCUUUCGAAAUCCGAGGUGUGGUUGGAUGCCGCCACGCAGAUCUUCUUCUCUUAUGGUCUGGGUUUAGGUUCUCUUAUUGCUCUGGGCAGCUACAACUCCUACAACAAUAACGUCUACAAAGAUUCUGUCAUUGUGUGCUGUAUAAACUCCUGCACUAGUAUGUUUGCUGGGAUUGUCAUAUUUUCCAUCGUGGGGUUCAUGUCGCACAUCACAAAGAGACCCAUUGAAGAACUGGCUGCUUCAGGUCCUGGUUUGGCAUUUCUGGCCUAUCCGCAAGCAGUCACGCAGCUUCCCAUGUCUUCUCUCUGGGCUAUACUCUUCUUCUCGAUGCUCAUGAUGCUGGGAUUGGACAGUCAGUUUUGUACAGUGGAAGGCUUCAUAACCGCUCUAAUGGAUGAAUAUCCCACAGUCCUAAGGAAGAGAAAGAAACUCUUCAUCCUCAUGGUCUGUAUUAUAUCCUUCAUCAUCGGUUUCUCCAACAUCACCCAGGGUGGUUUAUAUGUGUUCAAAUUGUUUGACUACUACUCGGCCAGUGGAAUGUGUCUCCUGUUUCUGGUCUUUUUUGAGACAAUCUCCAUUUCCUGGUUUUACGGUGCAGAGAAAUUCUAUAAAAAUAUUGAAGACAUGAUUGGUUAUCGGCCUUGUAGCUUUUGGAAAUAUUGCUGGACUUACUUUACUCCAAUAAUCUGUUUGAGUGUUUUCACUUUCAGUGCCAUAGAAAUGACUCCUCUGACACUAGGAAAGUAUGUGUACCCGACCUGGGGUCAGGGCAUCGGCUGGCUAAUGUCCCUCUCUUCCAUGGUUUUGAUACCUGCAUACAUUAUCUAUAUGUUCUUCACCACCAAAGGCAGUAUCCGACAGCGUUGGCAUAAGAUGACCACGGAGCUCACAACAUCGGAAAACAAUGAUCCUACACAACAACGCACACAUAUAGGAAGUACGGAUGAAGCUUCUGUCUGACAUCUUUUCUGUACAAUGGCAAUUAAGAGACCAGGGGUGAAAUACCUUUCCUCCAUUCCAUUCUGUUUGAGAGCCUACAGAUGGAAGCAGAUUACGCACAUGUUCAUCUGACUGUUUUUCUCCCAUUUUAUGUUACUUUAUUUCACGCCGUCUGAUGUUGCAUCAUGUAAUAUGAGGAGGCUGCAGUACCUGUGUCUUUCUUCAGUGGAGAAAGCAAUUCCAGUCACAGCGAUAAUUUCAGUUAUCAGUAUAAAUGUAGAUGCAACCCAGGCAGUUGACUGCAAGAUCUACAUAACUGUUGCUGUGUUAAAUUUCUCACAGUAUUUACCUCUGUUUAGUGGCCUGUUUCUGGUCACCAUUUAUGUGCAAAAUAACUACAGGAAAUCUUGGCCAGUUUUUGUUUUAAAUUAGCAUUUUAGAUUAACAAAUUAGUUAAAUGUAUAAGAGAUAUGGCAUAUUUUUAAAACACAAUUUCUUUUGGUUUCACCAUUUUAAUCACCUUUUGCCUUUACUAACUCGUUUUAUAUGGCCCUGCGUUCUGACAAAUUUUGAAUUACAGCUAUUAAAGUCUUUAAAUAAUAUGAUGUGAUAAAGAUUCAUGCGUAAUAAUCGUAAAUGAAAUAGAAAAGUUCUGUGUAAAUUAGAUUUAGAAAAACUAUAAAAUAGCAGCUUCACAAAAGUAAGAGGUUAAGAUUGCAUAAAAAAAUAAAUAUGAGGUAUCAUAUAAGUCUAAAUCUAUUACUUAAUACAUCAUAAAAAUAUCUAAAUGUAUUUUCUGUGAAGUUUUUAGGAUUUUUGCAUCAGUUGUGGGAUGCCAGUAUUGCUUUCAUUCAAAUUCAAAACAAAAAGAUGUUUUAAAUUUGUUAUAUUAUUUACUUUAUAGUAUUCAUGUUAAAAUUGUAAGAACUAAGUGACGCUAAUGGACAUAACUCUUUAUAAGUAUGUCUGUAAAUAUUUGUCGUUAGUAUAUUUAAGUACUGUAAUUAAUUGUAUUUACAUGUAGUGUAUAAUAUAACAGGCAAUGUGAUACAGCAGGCAACGUAUUUAAUUUGAAAUGAAUUAAUACACGGCUAUGGGAAACAACAGUCCGUAAAGUCCAACUCUUGGGCCCCGUUUACACCAGUGCUUUUUAAUUUUACAACUGCAUUUUAGAAUGAAAACGUUUCCGCUGCGUUUCCGAAACGAUCUCCGUUAACAUUACACAACCUAAAACGCAAGUCACAUGACCAUUCAAGCGCGUACCACCAUGGAUAUGUAUAUGUAGAUGCCCUAUAAUUUAAAUCGUAGAUGUGUCUGGAUGCAUAGAACGGAUGUGGAAUCUACUAACACAUAUCUAUGGGCACAACAACAAGCAUGAUGUUAUUUGUUUACACGGUCGUCAAGGAUACGCAGAAAGAAUGUGGGCAGCCACGCCAUUUAAAAGCGUCCGUUUUGCCUUUUACACAACCCUGGUGUUUUCGAACUAAAACGGGGUUGAGGCACGUUUUCAAAGGUCUCUGUUUUUGAGGGUGGAAAACCCUGGAGUAUUGUAAAUGAUAGGCGUAACUGUAAAAGUUUAAACUAAAACCCACUAGUGUAAAUGGGGCCUCAGCGAUUUCAGUCAACAAUACAUUUUUCCUUUUCUUUUAAACGCUUGAGCAAAAUUAGACAUGGCUUUGAAGGCCUGGCAGCAUAUUUAUUUAUUUAUUAUUUUUAAUGUUGACUUUUUACCUGUUGAAACAGGACGCUUGGAUGGGACAUAUCGAAGGGUUCGUCGCUUUCAUAGACAUGAUCAUAAACAUGAAUUAAAACUAAAUGAUUAGUUCUUUAAGUUUGUUUUUCCCUCAUAGCCUCUUUUCAAUUUGUGUCAAAUUAAAUAUGCCAUCUGUUCUGAGUGUCUUUGUGAUGUGUUACCAAAGCUACAAAAAGGACGCUUAUUUUGACGAUUGUAUUUGUUUUUAUCCUCACUAGGUGUAUUGGUGAUUGGUUUCAAAUUCAAUAAAGGCAAAAACUGAAAUAAUC